AUGGCCUCCCUUCAGGUUGAUGCUGCUCAUGAGCAUGAUCUUGAUGACGAGCAUGAUCAUGAGGAAGUGGUGACCAAAGAGGCAGAAGAAAUAACGCAGAAGAAAUCUCCAAGUGUUGAAGAAACACCAGAUAGUGAAUUGGGCAUUGUGGAACCGGACACAGAGCUUGAAGAACCGGCCGAUCAUGAAGACAAAGAAGAGAAACCAGACGAUGAUGAAGACGAACCGAUCGUUGAUCAUGAUGAUGAAGGUGCACCAGUUACUGGGGUGACUGAGUUCGAUGAGGAUGAAGAGGAAUAA